UCGUGUUUUUUUUUUAUGGGUGUUUAUCGUUGCUCUCCGUCUCUCUUCUCGUUUGCAGAGCGAUUUGAUCACCACUGCCCGUGGGUGGGGAACUGCGUGGGGAAGAGGAACUACAGAUUCUUCUACAUGUUUAUUCUGUCACUGUCUUUCCUGACAAUCUUUAUAUUUGCCUUCGUGAUCACCCACGUCAUCCUGCGAUCUCACCGGUCAGGAUUCCUGAAUGCCCUGAAGGACAGUCCUGCAAGUGUGCUGGAGGUGGUGGUGUGUUUCUUCUCUGUGUGGUCUAUAGUGGGCCUGUCGGGGUUUCAUACCUACUUAAUCAGCUCCAACCAGACCACUAACGAAGAUAUUAAGGGAUCGUGGUCCUCGAAAAGGGGAAAAGAAAACUACAACCCUUACAGCUAUGGCAACAUUUUCACCAACUGCUGUGCCGCCCUGUGCGGGCCUCUGCCGCCAAGUCUGAUAGACAGAAGAGGCUUCAUUCAGCCAGACACUCCACAGCCGGUCCCGCCGUCAAACGGGAUCACAAUGUACGGGGCGACACAGUCUCAGAGCCACAUGUGUGACCAAGACCAGUGCAUUCAGAGCACUAAAUUCGUUUUGCAGGCCGCCGCCACGCCCCUGUUACAGAGCGAGCCUAUCAUAGUCGCCGACGAGCCGCCGUUGCCGGGCAAAACCUCUCUCGCCAGCCCCUGCGCCGCCCUGCCCCUGGGCCAGCCCACCCCCCCCACCUCCAUGCCCAACCUCAGCUACGAGGCCGACCUGCUGCCCGCGCGCCAGGAGCAGGAGGGCCACCACUUCCUCACCCCCGAGGAGGUGCCCUCCCCGCCGGGGAUGCUGCCCGCCGGGCUUCCGCUCGCUCACAGCCACACCAUGCACCUGUUCGACCCCGCCAGCCAGGACUCGCUCCACGAAGACUCGGUCCGCGGCCUGGUCAAGCUGAGCUCCGUGUGACCCGCAACAAAACCCCCCCCCCCAGCCGCCCGCACGCCGCCGUUGACUCCCACCUCACACGUACACACACCCCCUCCCCCCCCACACACACACCGCCCCCCCCGCUAACGAUACCACCCGGGCCGGGCCAAGGAGCCGCGCGGCUCGGACGAGGACAACGGACCCUUUUCUCGUGUUGUUCAGGAUUCCACUUCGGGGAGGGGGGGAGAAAAAAUCUCUCGGGCGGCGCGGGAGAGGCCACGCCUGAGGCGAGGAAGAGGCCUCUGGGACAGAGGUGCCCCCCCCGCCGGACGCCGAGAGAGCCGGAGGUGUUGGGCGCAGCUGUGAAUUUACCCCCCCUCACAGGCCGAGCUGGGCAGGCCUCCGCAGUGACAUUCCCAGAGGAACUUUUUUCAAAGAAAAAAACUCGCCAAGUAACGGCCAUGUUCCCGACGUGUCGAGGAAACCACGCAGUAUAAUAUAAACUGCUGAACUUUAUUACCAAUGCUGCUUUUUUUCUGUUUUAUAUAUCCGCGAGUCCAGCGGCACUAUUUUAUAAGCGGACAUAGCAAGCUCAUUUAAAGCCGAUGGACGUUGUUAAUGCCUUUCUAUCUUUGAAAAUGUUCCCGACGUUUAGCAGUGCAACUGGUAACUUGAUGUUACUGCAUCGUGUUGCAUAUCAUUUAAACUUUUUUAUGUUAAGUGUUUAAAGAUAUGGUAUUGUGAUGUGCCAUACCAUUUUCUUCUCCCAAUUGUUAUAUUUCCUGUGGAUAUUAAUAAAAUUCCGAGUUUUUAUCUUUUAA